AUGCAGUCCAUGGCGCUCACCUCCCCUUGCCUCCCGGCGGCUGGCUCCGUUCCCCGCCGCCGCCUCCAGCGCGUCCGCGCCACCGCGGUCUCCGACGAGGCCAAGCUCAACAAGUACAGCGCGCGCAUCACGGAGCCCAAGUCGCAGGGCGCCUCGCAGGCCGUGCUCUACGGGGUCGGCCUCACCGACGCCGACCUCCGCAAGCCGCAGGUCGGCGUCUCCUCGGUGUGGUACGAGGGGAACACCUGCAACAUGCACCUGCUCCGCCUCGCCGAGGCCGUCCGCGACGGCGUCCGCGAGGCUGGCAUGGUCGGCUUCCGGUUCAACACCGUCGGCGUCAGCGACGCCAUCUCCAUGGGCACCCGGGGCAUGUGCUACAGCCUCCAGUCCCGCGACCUCAUCGCCGACAGCAUCGAGACCGUCAUGGGCGCGCAGCACUACGACGCCAACAUCUCCAUACCUGGGUGCGACAAGAACAUGCCAGGUACAAUAAUGGCAAUGGGACGGCUUAAUCGACCUAGUAUCAUGAUAUAUGGCGGAACUAUUAAGCCUGGUCACUUUCAGGGCAAUUCCUAUGAUAUAGUAUCUGCUUUCCAGUGCUAUGGAGAAUAUGUUAGUGGUUCAAUCACUGAUGAGCAAAGAAAGAACGUCCUCCGCAAUUCAUGUCCAGGGGCAGGUGCCUGUGGUGGUAUGUACACAGCAAACACUAUGGCAUCUGCUAUUGAAACAUUGGGCAUGAGCCUUCCAUACAGUUCUUCAACACCUGCUGAAGACCCGCUAAAGCUAGAAGAAUGCCAUCUUGCUGGGAAGUAUCUUUUAGAGUUGCUAAAGAUGGAUUUGAAGCCUAAGGACAUUAUCACUGAGAAAUCAUUACGAAAUGCAAUGGUUAUUGUUAUGGCACUUGGUGGUUCGACUAAUGCUGUUCUGCAUUUGAUUGCCAUUGCUCGGUCUGUAGGUCUGCAUUUGACUCUUGAUGAUUUCCAGAAGGUCAGUGACCAAGUUCCUUUCCUUGCAGACCUGAAGCCCAGUGGUAAAUAUGUCAUGGAGGAUCUGCAUAAGAUUGGUGGGACACCUGCAGUCAUUCAUUAUCUUCUGGAGCAAGGUCUUCUUGAUGGUGAUUGCAUGACUGUCACUGGGAAAACUCUAGCCGAGAAUGCCAAAAUCUUCCCUCCUCUGUCUGAAGGGCAGCAAAUAAUUCGACCACUUGACAAUCCUAUCAAACCAACUGGCCAUAUUCAAAUACUUUAUGGCAAUCUUGCACCGGAAGGUUCUGUAGCAAAAAUAACUGGCAAAGAGGGACUGUUCUUCUCAGGCCCUGCAUUAGUUUUUGAGGGUGAAGAAUCCAUGAUUACAGCUAUCUCAGAAAACCCAGCGAAUUUCAAGGGAAAGGUAGUAGUGAUCCGAGGAGAAGGACCAAAAGGAGGGCCAGGGAUGCCCGAAAUGUUGACUCCAACAAGCGCAAUAAUGGGUGCUGGUCUUGGAAAGGAGUGCGCCCUGCUGACAGAUGGUAGAUUUUCUGGAGGGUCACAUGGAUUUGUUGUCGGCCACAUAUGCCCUGAAGCACAGGAAGGUGGCCCAAUUGGCCUUGUCCAGACUGGUGAUGUAAUCACCAUUGAUGUUAGUAAGAGGGUAAUCGAUGUUGACCUUACCGAACAACAGCUCGAAGAAAGAGGGAGGAAAUGGACCCCACCACCAUACAAGUCCACCAGUGGAGCUCUUUGGAAGUACAUCAAGCUUGUGGCUCCAGCGUCGAGAGGAUGUGUCACUGAUGAGUAG